GAGUAUGAUCUCAUAUAGAAUCGAUUCUUGAACUACUUCUCCAGUCCUUCUCCUCGGUUCCGCCACCACAGUUAUCCACCACCGCCAGUGCACCGCCGCACAGAAAGAAGACGGCACACACUGCGAUACAAACCGGCAGUUUGUGUUAUGGUGUUCCGCAGUUUAGAGUCACCAGUCGCGUUGCUCAACAAGUGACAUGGCCGGUAACGUCGGAAUAUCGUACCUCGUGUGCGUCCUCAUGACCUGCUCAACAUCGCUCUUCGUAGACGGUGCCGUUGUCCUGCCGAAUACUUCAGGAAUUGAUGGACAACUCACUGCCAAUCACAACGUCGAUCAUUUUUUUUCGUUGUGGCUGGUUUUUAGUAACGACGAAGUUAAAAUAUCAGAUGAACCUUUCACUAUCUUCGCUCCUCAGAAUUCAGCAACAAAACGAGCUGAAAAACUGCUUCAGCAACCGGAACUCAUCAAGAAACUGUUACUGGAUCACGUAGUUCUAGGUUCUCUCAUUGAUCUCACGAAUAUAACUUCCGAUACAACUUUAACAACGUUAUCAGGAAAAAGUGUUACCGUUAGAAUAUUUAAGGAACACGACCUCAAAGCUAACGAUGCUAACGUAGUAGAAAGAAGAGUUGUAGUACCAAAUGGUUUGUUAGUAAUCUUAGACGGUUACUUGUUCGCUGAAGAACAGGAAACAAAACAAAAUAACGCUUCGGCGCUUCCAACGGCCCAAGAAAAACUGAUGGACGUUUCGGCAACUUUCUCUUCGACUUCGAACGAAAAUAGCAAGAAUCAAUCGAACGCCACAUUCGUGGAAAACAUUAUGGAAGUGCUGUCGUUUCUCAAGAGUGGCGUUAGGGUUUUUCAGCACUUCUUAUCGCGAUCUAACGUUUCUAACUUACUACAACAAGAGGAAGAAUACACGGUUUUUAUACCAACCGAUCACGCCUUUCAGCGGUGGCAUCCAAUCGACUGGGGUUUCUAUCCCUUCAGUGUUCCGGAAUUUACCGAAAGCGUUAUUGUUAACCACUUCGUAAAGGGAAGAUUGAAACAGGAUUUGAUAAAAGAUGGGGAAAUCGUGAAAACUAUAGGUGGAAAGGAGAUUGUUUUUAGGAAAACUCCAAAUUUAACAGUGAACGGUGCUAUGUUAGUUAAAGGAGACACGCCAGUAGCCAGAGGUAACAUUAUGUUUAUAGGUGAAGUCUUGUUCGUUACCGAAUCGAUAGUUUCCAAACUACAUCAACAACACAAAGACAAAGAAACGCCGCCAUUAUUGGCAUUCCCAUGGUUCGGAGCACAAUUUUUAUCUCACGCUUUUUUAGCGUUGGAAAGGGACAAAAGAUUUACGCAUAUCACCAGAUUUUUGAAUCUUGCUGAUUUAGCGCCGCACGUGUCCGGAACCGGUUACACGUUUUUCGUUCCAACGGAUAUCGCAUUCGAGAAAAUAGGAUUGGAUAGGAUGCCAGAUAAUUAUUUAUCGACUGGAGACGGUUUGCAAAUAUUACUCAAUCAUUUCGUCAAAGGAAGAUUGUACGACAGAGAUUUGACAGAUGGGGUUCGGCUGGAAUCUUUGGGAAACAAAACCAUCACAGUCAAAAGGACAAAAGAAGAAGUAUACGUGAACGAAGCAAAAAUAGUGGAAAGUGAAGUUUUCGUCUACAACUUAGGAACGAUGUAUUAUAUAGACACGGUAUUGUUUAUGACAAUUAACACGCUUCCUCAAACUAGUACUUCGACAGAAUCAACAUCAACCCGAGCUGCCGCUUGGACCACACCGGCGUUUGUUGAGAAAAUUCCAGAAGAAAUAGCCGAAGAAACUGGUUCCAUGCCGGAUGUAUUAUUCGCCGAUGGAUUUAAUAACGAUAAUGAAACUGAGAUCGCAAGUACUACCCUUGAUAGUACCAGUACAGUAAAAUAAUGUUGUGUAUAGGUUGCUGAACUAUUUUUAUUAGUAAAUUCGUUUAAUUUGUUCCAAAAAAAAUGCUUUUAUUUAAUAAAAUAUUGACUAAAAUCGUUGGUUUUCAGAAAAAUAACCAAACUGUAUUAGUUUUUUGUGAAUAAGUAGUGGGGAUGCGCUGUGUAUCAUUAUUAAUAUUUUAAAUAACUUUUUUGGUUCGUUAUUUGAAUAGGUUUGUAGUAACGUCAAGUUUGAGGUCUCUAAAAACAUGAAUAAAAAAUUAUUCAUUCAUUUUUGAAAUGACUUAAGCUAUAAAUUUAUUUUUUUUCCAAUUUUCUAACGUUCUUCAUAAUAUUUGAUAUUCGAUUUCAAUUAUUAUAGACUAGACCAUUUUUGUAGCUUGUGGAUAAUGUCAAACGCUUUCUCUACAUCCAAAAAACAGCAUAUUUUUACUGUCUGACUGUAAGGAUGUGAUCUUGAACACCUUCACAAUAAGUACUCUGUAAUUCUUUUAGUUGAAGAAUCUUUCCAAAAAAUUUGAACACUGAACUUAAUAUCGUAAUACUCUUAUAGCUUGGACAAUCUGUAUUAUCUACUUUCUUAUGUAAAGGUAAUAAAUCCCAUUUAAUCUUUAUUCUAUAUCAGAUAUGAAAUCUAGUAAAUGGAAAAGUUUAUUUCUUAUUUCUUUGGUGUAAUUUCAUCAUGACCUACGGAUUUUCUUUUCCAAAUUAGUAAGUAUAUUUCCUCCGAUUGUUAGGCUGCAUUUUUUAGGUUUCUGUAUUGAGUCCAAGUGGAGAUUUAGAGAAGUACUUCCUAGGCUACAGUCCCAGGGUCUUUAUAAAAGAAGAGCCAUUACAAUAAAUACUUUUUUAGACAUUUAUUACAAAACUUGUGUGAAAAAAAAUGUUUAUUUUAUUUGGACACCACUCCUUUUUUGUUCCAAGGUCUCCAGAUCUCUACUUGACACUACUUUUCGUCAUUCCCCUAUCUCAACUUUACGUUUUGGUUUUUUCUUUAUUCUCAGCUAAAAAAUUUAUCUUUAUACCACAUAGCUUUUAUUAAUAUAAGUAUUUUGAUUUUAUACCAAUAAAUAUACAGUAUAAUCAUUGGCAGGGCUGCUGAGAUACUUUUUGUACCCCGGGGUAGAAUUUGGUCCCGAUUUCAUCCCUGUGGAAAAAUCUACAAAAUCGGGAAUUGAAAUUCUUGAACUGGCACAAUGUUUCAUAUUUCCAAAGUUCAUGUAGAAAUUCGUGGAAUGAGCUAAGCUUUAAUCUAGACUAAUAGGACUUACAGGACAAACAAAAAAUGCAAUAUAAUCUAAAAUAAAUAACACACAAUAUUUGUUACACAGCUACAUUCGAAAUAAGUAAUUUUUGCUACAUAAAACCAUUUAAUUUAUAACUUAUAAACAUUUUGGUAAGUAAAAUGUUUAAUUGAACUAUUAAUUUGACUAUCAGUUAUAGUACUUGUAAACGAAAUAUUUGAACUAUUUUUAAACUAAUUAGUCAUUCAAAAAAUAAAAAUAAACAUAAGAUAAAACAAUCUUAAACCUCGAACCAUUACAAAUUAAUAUAUGUUUAAUAAUUAACAAGCUUUUCCAUCAAAAGUUUCAAAUUAAAACUUUGUCUUUCUAUCCUUUAUUCUAGCAGAAUCGUUAAUGAUGUUGAAUGAUAAUUCUUCAGCUGUUCCAUGUUUAACGCUGAGAAACCUCAAAUGAUUUUUAAUCAAUGAUAAUUGGCUCGUUCACAUCAAUGGUGAAUGAAAUGUGUCCUCUAACAAAAAGUUUGGUCUUCCAUUAGAUCCUCCAUGCUAAGAUAUGACUCUCAACACUCAAUUUCGCCAUUAUUAAAUCAAUGAGGCCUGAAGAAAUGUAUGAAUAAAAAAAAUUAGGUCUUCAAAUGAAUUCAAAUUCUUUUAAAUUGAAAGAUAACUACGGAAAUGAAAUCAUUCAAACUUUCUCACUACUUCUAAAAAUCUGCUUUUUCAAAUUACUCACAUAUUUUUUGUUGUAAUGAAAUAAUUUGAGAAACGUUUAAAAUAAUCAACAUAAUAAAAAUUAUUUCGUUAUAAUGAUUGAUGUACGGUGUAUUAUAAGUAAAUUUAUUUUAUCAUUAAAAUAGUGUAACCGACAAAGUAAUCAACUAUAUUUUAAAUAAUAAAAAAACAAUAUCUAAAUAACAUGAAUAUAAUAUAUAUUAUGUACAUAUGAUGAUACUUCAGUUAUUCUAGUUACGUAUUAUUAAUUUUAGAAUUAAUUAUUUAUAUUUAGAAGAAGAAAAAAACAAUGACUGAUGAAUGUUUAGAACAAUUUGCAAAUAUUUUGUAAAUCGGUUUAUAUUUCUAUAUAAAAAUUAAUGUUUGUUAUCAUAGUUAAUAGAUUAAAUCGGUGGGAGUUCGUAAAUGGACAAACAGGUACAUUUGUACUAUAUUUAUAAGUGAAAUUUUCUUUUGUAAACUGUCAUUGAAAAUAAAUGUGAAUCCUGAUUCACAGUAUUUCUUCUUGCUGUUCAAUGUAUAUCAAUUUUUUUAUUUCAAUUGAUGCGUUUACCGCAAAACCACUUUUCUUAAGGCGCCUCUGGAGAUUCACCAUCACCAGCUUAUUUAUCAAUAUUUUUUAUUAAAAAUUUUGUCUGACAUACUUUAAAAGUUGUACAAUAAUAUGUAAUCAAAUUUAAUAACAUUGUAUUACUCAUGUCGCCGCAAAAAAAUCACGAAAAUAUGCUUUUUUUCCAUUUUUAAAACCUUACUCAAAAUUAUAACAUGUUUAACUUACCUGAAUUUUCAUUGACAAUUUUCCACUUUAGAUAAAUGUUGUGUAAUUCUAUUAUAUAAUAAUAAAUGUUUAUAAUACUUUAGGAUGAAGAUAUAUAUAUUCCCAAUACUCUAGUACAAAAAUUUUCAUUCUCGCUUAUUUUUUUAAUAACAUUUUCUUCUAACCUUACGUUUCAUCAAGUCUACUUUGUACAUUUUAUAUUUGAAUUAUUUAAUAAAGUUCUUAAAAGUAAA